UAGUGAAAAUAGGAUUUGUGUUGUCUAUACAAUCUGUAAAAUAUUUUAAUUCUUUUGUUUUAUUUUUAAUAAUUUUCAUAUUAAUUUUUAAUACAAUGGAUUUCAAUGGGAAAGUUGCCUUAAUAACAGGCUCGUCUUCGGGUAUCGGCGAAGGGAUUGCUCUGAAGUUGUCGUCUUUGGGCGCAAAUGUAGUCAUCACUGGAAGGGAUGACCAGAGAAUCCAAUCUGUGGUCAAAAAGUGUGAAUCACUUUCCAAACAGAAAGCACUGGGAGUUAGGGCUGACCUACAAGUCGACAAUGAUAUCAAGAAUUUGGUCAACAAAACAGUGAAAGAAUUUGGAAAAAUAAAUAUUCUUGUGAACAACGCGGGUGUCGUACAAAUGGCACAAUUUGGAGACCCGGGAUAUUUGCUAGCAUUUGAUACAGUGAUGAACACUAAUGUCCGGAGUAUUCAAGUAUUGACUCAAUUAGUGGUUCCAUAUCUCGAGUCAACCAAAGGAAACAUUAUUAACAUCUCGAGUGUUGCCGCACUUAUACCCGCGCCACAAGCCAUCGCAUACUGUAUGGCCAAAAGUGCCCUGGACAUGUUUACCAAAUGUUUGGCCUUACAGUUUGGGCCCAAAGGAAUUCGUACGUGUCGCGACACAUAUCCGUUGCAACGAAUCGGUGAACCCGAGGACGUGGCCGAAGCCGUCGUAUUUCUGGCCUCACCUACCAGUGCCUCAUUCAUUACGGGACUCAUUAUGCCGGUGGACGGCGGAUCUCUUAGAGCACCGGCACUUAAAGGCGACUAUCAAAAACACUACUGGGCCAAAUUGGGCAUAAAAGGUCCCACUCCUAUUGUAGGCUUUGGCAACGUGUUGACCAAGUUCAUUUGGGAGAAAACGGAGGUCGAGGUGUACUGGAUCUCAAAAUAUGGCAAACUUUAUGGUCUAUACGACGGCAACCAACCGGUGCUAUCGGUAGGCGAUCCCAAACUCCUGAAGGACGUGUUGGUCAGAGACUUUCACAUCUUCGACGACCGGAUCAACAACCGGUUCAGUCACCCGUUGCUGAGCCACGACAUCAACGUCGCCGUCGGAAACGAGUGGAAACGGCAACGAUCUGUCAUUAGCCCGAUCUUCACGUCCGGCAAAAUGCGAAGAAUGUAUCCAUUGAUCCGGGAAUGUGUCACCGAAUUGCUGGAUGUCAUGCAGACCUACGCGGCCACCGGUCUCGAGGUCGACAUGAAGAGGUUGUUCAGCAACUAUACCAUUGAC